AUGUACCCUAAAACUCUGAUAUUAUCCGCUGCGACAACAGCGCUUCUUGCAUUAGAACAACUGCCCUUCGCUUUUGGCUAUACACGACUCGAUGAAAGUCCUCUGUCCAUCACUUCAAAGAUUGUUCAAACCUUUGAUAACGAGAGCUUCGGUGCCGUGUUGAAUGAUACGCAAAAUGUAUGGCUCGUGAACUUUCACUCGUCCUGGUGUCCUGACUGUCGGCAAUUUGCGCUUGAAUGGGAAAAAGUGUCUAGCGUAUAUUCCAAUGUGGAAAACAUCCAUUGGGGAGCCGUGGAUUGCACUACACAGAACGAUAUUUGCAGCCAAGAGGGCAUCCAGUCGUAUCCUCGAGUCAAGAUGUACCACGUGCCUCCUGAUGCAAAGGAAGCUAUUACGAUGCCUUUUGGACGAGACAUGAACGCUAGAUAUGUGGCAAAGUGGAUUGAGGAGACGCUGAAGGAUAAUAAGAUGCAACGGGGGAUUGAUGUUGACGAAGUAUACCCCCCAAAUAAUGUUUCUCGCAAUCCGAAGAAGAUGUUUGGGGAUCCGGUGGAACCUCUUUACGAUGAUCGAUCGGUAGAUGUUCAGCUUAAGAGACUAAAAGCUGCGGGAACCACUGCAUUGUUCACGUUUGAAGUCGGAUUUUUCAUGGGUACGACAGUCUUACAAGGGAAGCGGUAUGAGGCUGCAGUGACGUGGGUGCGGACUCUGGCGGCUUCUUUUCCCUUUAAGGAGAACCGCGAUGCCUUUGCAAAGCUUGUGGAUGCGAUGAAAGAGCAGAAAAGAUGGAAGCAGGCGGACUGGAACAACCUCAUUAACCGGUGGAAAGUUACUGCUAAUGCAAUGAGCUACCCUUCCAACUUGUUUGCAGACAAAGAUGUCCUGUAUAUGUGCAAAACCUUUAUGUGUGGAUUCUGGACAUUGUUUCACACCCUCACAGUGAGUGAUGUCACUUCCGAAUCGUCGAUGGAGCAAUGGAAACCAAGUGAAAUCGUGCUAGCUAUCCGACUCGUGGUGCAAUACUUUUUCGGCUGUGAAAUGUUCAAGCGUCGUUUUCUAACGGUGAACACAAAAACUGUGAUCGAGAACUUGGCUCUUAUUGAUGAAGAUGGUCCGAACACUGUUAUACUUUGGAUCUGGACGGUUCACAACAUAGUAAAUAUGUUUUAUGGCAAGUCAAUGUGGCCAACGAAGCUCUCCUGCCCCUAUUGCUAUGAUACUAAUAUUCUGCCACUUUCGUUCGACCCAACGAUGCUGAAUGAAGAUAUUGUCGCUGCCUACGUCAGAAGUGUAUACAAGUUCGGAGACAAGUUGAAACUAGAGCAGCAUCGUCUCGUGACUACACCAUGGGUAUCAAUGCGGUCGAUAGCCACUGUUGCUGUACUUAUCGCAAUCUUUGCCGCAUUGAUCCAGCAGUUCAAGCAUCACUUGAUCGGGACCAAAGUAUUAAAAACACAGGACCACAUCGCAUAG